UUUGCUAUUCAUGCAAAAUGGACUGUUGUUUUUGCUCAAACUAUAAUUCGUGGCCAUAAUGAAAGAAUACAUGCUAUUCUUGUCAGAAUUCGCGAGGAAAAGGAAAAUAGUGGACGUGCUUAUUUUGAACAGAUAGAUAAAAUUUAUGUACCUU